CAAGUAACCACCAUCAUCAUCAAUCAAACCUCUCCUGCUUUUGCUAGUCAACGUCCACACUAUAUAAUCUCUCCGCGCCUAAACGGCCCUCACUUCACACUUCCGCUCGUUGCGCUGCUGACAGUCAGCAACACCGCUUCGUCACCCUCGAGCCAACCCACCUCAAAUCUGCCAUAGCCGCGCUUCCGCCACUCGCACCGCCAUCUUGCCCGACGACCAGAAACCUCCCCAAUCCCGACCCUGCGCCGAUGAGGUGCGCUUGAGCCUCACCCCGCCGUUCUCGUUCUCGUUCUCGUUCUCGUUAUGCUUCUCACCACACUCGUUUCCUCGGCAUGGCUCCUCCUCGGAGGCGCCAGAGUCGCCAGUGCCAUCGAACUCAACAUCGAUGAUGAUCAGUCCAUCAGAAAUGCCGCGUCGACGAUUGUCUACGACAUGAUGUUGGAAUACAAGGGGAAUCUGUCAGGACAGACGCCGGGAUUGCUUCCCGGGCCACCCCCGACGCCGUUGGUCCUCAACGCGGGUUACUUCUGGUGGGAGGCCGGCGCCAUGUUCGGCUCCCUCCUCGAUUACUGGUACUACACCGGCGACGACUCAUACAACGCUGUGAUCAAGCAGGCGUUGAUUCACCAGUCCGGUGACCACUUCGACUACCUCCCCCAGAACCAGUCCCUUGGUAUGGGUAACGAUGAUCAAGGAUUCUGGGGCAUGUCCGCCAUGACAGCCGCUGAGUUCAACUUUGAGAACCCUGCCGCGGACGAGCCGCAAUGGCUCGCCCUCGCCCAAGCCGUCUUCCACACGCAGGCCGAGCGUCUCGACCCGAAAACCUGCGGCGGCGGUCUGCACUGGCAAGCCUACAGCUACCUCAACGGGUACAGCUACAAGAACUCCAUCUCCAACGGCUGCUUCUUCAACAUUGGCGCGCGCCUUGCGCUUUACACCAACAACGCGACGUAUGCCAAGUACGCGACCGAGACUUGGGAGUGGAUGAGCAGCGUGGGAUUCCUCGACAAGGACUAUAACAUCUAUGAUGGUGGAGAUCAGAAGGAUAACUGUACCGAGAUUAACAGAGUGCCUUUCUCCUACAACGCAGGCAUCUUCCUCCACGGCGCCGCCACCAUGUACAACUACACCGACGGCAGCGCCAUCUGGAAAGACCGCGUCGAGAAGCUCCUCGCCCGCACAAUCGAAGUAUUCUUCCCCAACGGCAUCGCCUUCGAACUUGCCUGCGAAACCGACCUCUCCUGCUCCGUCGACAUGUACGCCCAAAAAGCCUUCCUCACUCGCUGGAUGGCCGCCUCCACAAAGAUCGCCCCCUUCAUCUACGACACCGUCAUGAAGCCCCUCCGCACCUCCGCCGCCGCCGCAGCACUCCAGUGUUCCGGCGCCCCGACCGGUCGCGUCUGCGGCUUGUCCUGGAGCAAGAAGGCGGCGUGGGAUGGGACGCACGGUGUCGGGCAGCAGAUGGCGGCGCUAGAGGUGAUUCAGAGUAUGCUGAUUAAGAAGGCAAGGAGUAUUGUGUCGAAUGCGACGGGGGGGACGAGCAUGGGGAAUCCGAAUGCGGGGAAUGAUGUGGUGGAUUACUCGAAGAUGACGCCGGCGACGACGGGGGGGAAGGUGGGGCGGGGAUCUUGA